AUGCAACCUUCCGAUUAUUUCGCUUGGAUGGCAACUUUGUCAACGAUAGGCCUCUAUUUAACCGGAAUUCAAACAUGCAACAAAAUUUUUAAAAAUGGUAGUUCUUCCAACGUUCCCUACUUUCCAAUCCUGGCAUGCUUGACUAGUUGUACUCUUUGGCUAAAGUAUGGAAUGCUAUUGCAAGAUAAAGCUUUAACCAUAGUUAAUGUUAUUGGUGUUGUCUUAGAAUCUAUUUAUGCAGUAAUCUAUUACGUGCAUCUUAGUAACAAGAGUUCAAUCAAUAGAAUGACACUUUAUGCCGGAGCUUUUAUACUCUCAGUAUUAGCCUAUGUAAAAUAUGGCAUCAGUAGUUAUGACGUUGCCUUGAACCUAUUAGGUAUAAUCUGUUCUCUUACAACCAUCAUAAUGUAUGGGUCACCCUUAGCCUCGGCGCUAAAAGUCAUCCGAAAUAACAGUAGUGAAAGUAUGCAGCUAUCUUUGUGUUUAGCUAAUGCACUAGUAUCCUUCGAAUGGGGUGCGUACGGCUAUAUUAUCGGCAAUCAAUUUGUCAUGAUUCCAAAUACAAUUGGUGUAGUACUUGGUGUUUUACAGCUUGUGUUAUUCUUUCGGUAUCGUGUUGAAUCAUCCAAAACUGACAAACAAAUACCAAUAUAG